GAGCAGCAACUCUGUAAACAAAGCAGCGCCUUCCUACCCCGGCAACGUCUUUGCUGUUGUUUUAAAUAGAACCCGAUGAUUUUAUUCAUUUGUCAGCACAUGGGAUCGAAGCCUCACCUUCACCAAAACACUACGAGUUCUUGACUUUUUGAAGAGCAACGUGCGCUGAGUCUUACGUGGACAGAUUUUGCAGAAUGAAGCCGAGAAAAGUUCGUACCGUUGUCUUAAGCAUUGAGCAGUCCGAGGGAGUCGGCGCAAGAGUUCGCAGGAGCAUCGGGCGAAAAGAACUGAAGAAUUUGGAUCCGUUUCUGAUGCUGGAUGAGUUCCGCGUUAGUAAGCCGGCAGGCUUUCCUGAUCACCCUCACCGCGGAUUUGAGACGGUAACGUACCUCCUAAGCGGUGCAUCGGCUCACGAGGAUUUCUGCGGCCACUCUGGGAAACUGGAGGCUGGGGAUUUGCAGUGGAUGACCGCAGGACGUGGGGUGGUCCACGCAGAAAUGCCCAUGUCAGAUGAGCCCAUAUACGGCCUGCAGCUUUGGGUGAACCUGCGGAAGGUGGAUAAGAUGGUGGAGCCCCAGUACCAGGAACUGAAGAAUCAACAGGUUCCCAAGCCCAGCAAAGAUGGGGUGACUGUUGCUGUGAUAUCGGGAGAGGCGCUUGGUGUGAAGUCAAAGAUUUAUACCAGAACUCCAACAACUUAUCUUGACUUCAGACUGAAGGAAGGUGCAAAACAUGUGCAACCAAUACCCUCAGGUUGGACUGCUUUUAUCUACACUCUCUCGGGAUUCUUGCACACGGGGCCAGAUGAAGAUCUGAAGAAGAUAGAGCCUCACCACACUGUGGUUUUGGAGGAUGGUGACUGUGUCAGAGUGGAAAAUCAGUCAUCUGAAGAGGCACACUUUGUGCUGAUUGCAGGAGAACCCAUCAAUGAACCAGUUGUCCAGCAUGGCCCUUUUGUGAUGACCACAGAGGAGGAGAUAGAGCAGACCAUCAGGGACUUCAGAACAGGCACCAAUGGAUUUGAGAGGGCCAAACACUGGCAAUCAAAAAUACAACAUCUUUAAUCUGUUCCUAUCUAUUCCAGAUGUAUACAAGUGUAUGUCUCUUGAAUGACAUGAUUUUUAAUGGCUUUAUAAAUCUGAUGUAAUUUUGGUGUUUGAAAUGUACUUUGUAUUAGAUUCAGCUAUAAGCUAUUUGUAUUAGAUUGAGUUAUGAGCAACUUUUAUUUAUUUAGUUUGACUUUUCUGUUCACCGUUGUCUUUGAAGUGGUUGGUUAACAGUUAAUUGUACUUGCUUUGAAGGUAAUUAUUAUUACAGUAAAUACCCCAUUUCCCAUAAAUGACCAAGCUGUUUGGAA